ACGUCGUGAUGAAGGUCAGAAUAUUAGCAAUGGCGAGCGGGCGUGUGCUCAUCGUUGGUAAAGUGAAAAAAAAAGGUGAAAGGUGAAAUUCAAUGGUGGUGUAACGAAAUUUGGGCAGUAGGAGGACCAGUAUAAAACGACCGUAGCAUUCUCGAAUCCGCAUCAGUCACACCAGUCUUCUCUUUCAAACAAGAGUAGUCACAGAAACCGAUUUGUAACCAUGAAGAUGAUCAUAGCAUUCUUCGCCGUUUUGGCUGUCGCUCUCGCUCUUCCGAGACCUCAGGAUGAUGUGGUGCUCGUUAAGGAAACUCCCUCCGACAAUAUCGGUCUUGGUAAUUACAACUAUGCCUAUGAACUCUCCAAUGGUCAACAUCAUGAGGAAUCAGGCCAAUUAACGAAUGUUGGCACUGAAAAUGAAGCUGUUGCUGUUAGGGGUAGCUUCGGUUGGGUUGACCCAGUUACCAAUCAACGAUACACUGUCAGCUAUGUCGCUGACGAAAAUGGAUUCCACCCACAAGGCGAACACAUUCCUUCCUAAAUCUUUAUAUCUCUUCUAAAAAAACGCUUGUUACACGACCAAUGAUCCAACAACAAGAACUACUCGAAGAAUCGCCGAAACUCAUAGUUACCUGAUUAAUAACUACCCUCGUUUAGCGACUGAGACCAAAGUUUCUUUCACUGGCGCUGUAUUA